AAUCCCUAUUCCAUUUUGACGGCUUCACCUUCUUCCGCCAGCACCUUGCUCCCAUCUCCAUCGACGGCACACCGAGGAAUCCCUCCGGUCGUCGCCAAUCGCCUCAUCCACCAGGGGCUUCCCUACCUAGCCUUCCUCCUCUUCCCUACCUCUCCUCCACCGAACGCUAUCAACCGGAGCUCCCCACAUCAUCCUCAUCGGAGAAGCAAGGGGCGGACCCCUACUUCAUCCGCACGCCUAUCCGAAUCUCAGGCCACCUCCACAGUGCUUCAUCACCUCCGCUAUUAGAUCCGAGCUGGAAUUUUCCACAUCCGAGCAGCAGCUUCAUCUUCCGAUUCCCGACAGCUUUGUUUUGGAUUUUUAGACCAUUGGGAAAGGGAAGCACUUGAGAAGCAGUAGCAAUAUGAGUGGAGAAGAUUGUGUUGUGCAUCCUUUAUUUGGGGGUUCAAUUUCUAGCUGUUUUCCUCUGAGGUUUCAGGAUGUGAGCAACCUUCGAGAAGUGCCCGAUCAUCAGGAAGUGUUUGCAGAUCCCAACCGGGAUGAGAGCCUUAUUUUUGAAUUGUUAGAUAUUAAGCAUGAGGUUGGAGAUAAUGAAAGUGCAGUUUGGUUUCUACGUGACAUUGCAGGAGAACAAGAUGCAGAGGAUUCUAUGGUCCUUGAGCAGUCUGGUACUCUUGAGGCUAUUGGUUUAACCAGCACCAAUGGUCCUGCAAUAGCUUCAAUUGCAGUUGCUCAAAUGGCCAUUGCUAAGGGAAGGCAAGGGAGGGAGGCACAGAAUUUGGUUCGAGUAUAUCUAGCAAAUUUGCGUCUUAGGGAAGUGACAACUGAUGUGCUAAUUACUGCAUAUGAGCCCUUAUUAAUAAACCCACUGAGCGAAAGUGCAAACGUUGUGGGUGCUGGUCCAACUGUACCCGCUGCCCAAGCUGGAUGUCUACCUUUGGCCGAAGUCUUCAAACUCGCAGUCACAAAUUUCAAAGUCCAUGACUGGGGUCUCUUUAAUACAGGAGCUUGAGAAGUUGACAUCUGAUGGAUCUUUUUGCUAUUUCAGAAUGCUAGUCACUGUUUUGCAGACAAAAAUUUCUUCAACAGUUACACUACUGAUAAACAUAUAAAUGUACGUAAAUGUACGUAUUGUAGUCUUAUGAGGGACAAAAGGGGCCAGAGAGGCAUAUAAUGUUGUCUAUUUUGUGAAAUUUAGUACAGCUUUCAUUCUAAAUUCAUGAAGCAUAGCUGUUGUCUUA